AGGUAAAACACCCAAAGCCCGACAGAGCACCAUUCCUCGACAAUAAAAAAGUAAUUUUUAAAAAAUAAGAGUUUCUUUAGCAUUUCCGAACGCAUUUCAAGGAUAACUCAUAGACAAGGAUUAUAAGAUGUCAUCGCCCAUGACAUAUACGUCAUGCGGCCAUUUUUAAUAAAAUGGUGUAGAGCGAUACAUCGACUGGCGGAGUGGCCUAAUAAAAUCCGGUUUUAUUAGCAAAAUCGCUAAGGAGGAAUGGCACCCAAAAAAUCUUAUACGCCGUUACAAAUGGCGCAGGCUAUUACAGCCGUCCGUGAAGGUGAAAAAAUUUCAACGGCAGCGAAAAAGUUUGGUGUUCCCAGGAUCACCUUACAUGAUAAAAUUUCCGGUAAAACUCCAAUUGAAUGUUCUAUGGGCCCUAGUACAUAUUUGUCAACAGAAGAGGAAGCUAUUUUAGAAAAAUGGAUACUGGACAUGGCUGAACGACACAUUCCUAUUACUAGAGAUGAGUUGCUUGAUAGCGUGCAACGUAUCAUCGUUGACCAAAAAAAGACUACUCCCUUUACCGACAAUAGACCCGGUAAGAAAUGGUACAAUCUAUUUCUUAAGAGACAUCCUUCAUUGUCUGAGAGAACGGCCCAAAAUUUGACCACAGCACGAGAUGCCGUUACAGAAGAAGGUAUAAAACGUUGGUUUGGGGAAGUGAGCUCUUAUCUUCAGGAAAACAACCUUAGAGAGAUAUUAGAAGAUCCGUCGCGAAUUUUUAACGGAGACGAAAGUGCUUUUUAUUUAUCACCCAAAGCCGGAAAAGUUUUAGCAAAAAAAGGUGAUAAGCACGUCUACCAAUCUUCUGGAGAUGAAAAAGAUAACUUGACGGUACUAAUUACCGGAAAUGCCGCUGGACAAUUAGCACCUCCAAUGGUAGUUUUUUCUUAUGAAAGAAUUCCAUCCACAAUUUCAUCCAAAUUUCCAGAAGAUUGGGCUAUGGGACGAUCUCCGAGUGGCUGGAUGUGUAGUAGUACAUUUUUUGAAUACAUUGCCAACAUUUUUAAUCCAUGGUUAUUACAGCAAAAUAUACCAAAACCCGUCUUGUUUUUUUUGGAUGGCCAUAGAUCUCACUUGACAUUACACCUAUCGAACUUUUGUGCUCAAAAUGGCAUAGAAAUCGUGGCAUUAUAUCCAAAUAGCACACAUAUCCUUCAGCCAAUGGACCUAGCUAUUUUCAGGCCAUUGAAAAUAUAUUGGAAUAAAGCUGUCAAGGAUUGGAAAUUAAAACAUUUAGGAAUGAAUUUAAAAAGAGAAGAUUUUGCCCCUGUUCUUAAGACAGCGUUGGAAUCAAUAACAGAGAGUUCUGUUAAAAAUGGAUUCCGCGCUGGUGGAUUGUAUCCCUUUGGCCCUGACUACGUCGAUCUCUCCAAAAUAAAGUCUCGCAACAAGAAGGAGGCUUCGUCAGAACAAAUAUUGUUUUUUGAUUAUCUAGAAAAAGAAAUAGUGGCGAAGCUACAGAAGGAAAAGUUGCAGAUAUUUAAUGACCUUUACUAUAAAGACAGACAAAAUUUAAACAUUCACUUAAAUGAAGAAGACCUAUCGCUCUACAUAAUAUGGGCUAGUAAUAAGCAAGCUAUUGAACUUUCAGGUCACGUUAAUGAGCAAUCUACUUCACCCCAGACCCUCGUUGAAAUACCAAAUCCUAAUGAAAUCAAUCCUGCAGAAUCUCUUUCUGCUACAAAUGCAGAUACAGAUGUACAAUAUCAAUUUGACAUACAACUAGAUCAUGACUAUUUACCACAUAUUACUCUAUCUAAUGCAGGAUAUGACGCAACCACAUCCACUUGCACCCCAAAUGACGCUCCAAAAUCUAGAGAAAUACUGGAUAAUUCAUUGACUGUCGCUAGCCCAAGUUCUAACUUAAAUGAUCCUAUUCCAACAACUUCAACUUCCUGUUCUUAUACGUUUAUGUUUGAUAUUGCCACAAAAAUAACACCUUCAAAAGAAUUGACAAGACCUGGGAAUUCUCAAAUCGGCCAAAGUUCUGCAGAAAAGACACCCGUGAAAGAGCUGACAAGACCUGAGACAUCAAAAAUUAACCAAAGUUCCAUAAAAAAGACACCUUUGAAAGAGCUGGCAAUACCUGGGACAACAAAAUUUAUUCAAAAGAAAGGAGAAAGUACAUAUAUUAUUCCAUCACCAUUUAAGCGAAAUUUAUUUUGGCCAGGAGAAGAUGAAAACAAAGGAAAAAAAAGAAAACUGAAGGAAAAAAUUCCUUUUGUUAUAACAAGUAAACCAUGGAGGGAAUAUAAUGAAAGGAAAGACAUUGAAAAAAAAGAAAAAGAGAAACAAAAAGAAAUUAAAGCCAAAGAAAGAGAAGAAAGAAGACUAUUAAAACUGAGAGAGACGGAAGAAAAAAAGAAACGACAGAUGGAGAAAGAAAUUAAAACCAAGGAAGGGAAAAAGAUAAAAAAAUCUAAACCAGAUGACACAUCUUCAGAUAAUACGGACAUUGAAGUGCAUUAUGCAGAAAGUGAAGACAGCUUAGAUAUGCAAAUAGAUGCAGAAAAAACAGAACAUGAAAAAUCUGAGAGCUCGACUCAAUCCGAAGAUGUGCCACUGAUCAGAUUUUCUAAGAAAUCUAGAAAAUAUUCCAUUGGAAACUAUGUCAUAAUAAGGUAUGAAGGGGAAUACUUCCCAGGCGUAAUAGAAGGUAUUCGUGGAAAUAGAUUUGAAAUUAGUACAAUGACCUUUUCAGUGGGAAACACAUACAAGUGGCCGGAAAAAAAAGAUAAAAUCUUUUAUGAAAAGUCUGACAUCAUUGAGGCAAUAUCCCCACCAGUGCUGUGCAAUAAAAGGGGUUUCUAUACGAUACCCGAAAUGAAAAAAUAUCUACCUUUUGCUAUUUAA